AUGUUGUAUGGCCUCUGUCCAACAUCACCCACGACCACCGCGGGUCUCCAUCGCAAAACCAGCCACAUCCCCCACCACCCUCACUUCUCCAUGGUCGCGGUCUCCACUCCUACUCCAAUACCCUUUUCCCCUCUUCGCCAAAGUCCUAGCUGCGUUACCCCCAUCGCGGCCUCCGCACCUCUUCGCCGCUUACCCAUCUUGGUCACGCCUGCCCGAAUCAUCUCAGCUCGCCGUGAGGGAGCACUUAUAAAUAUACUCGUUUUUGAAUCUUUUGGGCGCCAAAAAAACACUUUCCUCCACUUCCCGCCGAAGACAAUGUCCGAAAAUUCCAGCAACUUCAACUAA